AGUCUUAAUUAUCUCAAUCUCCUAUUCUCCUUAAUCCCAAAUUUUAUUUUCAAUGUUUGUUAUGCAAAACUUAAGUCAUUCACAAAGCAAGAAGCAGGAAAAAAGGCCUUUGUCUGAAUUCUUCCUUCACCUAACAGAACUCUUCUUCUUGGAUUCGCCAUUGUCGAAAGCUUCUCACUUUCUCUCUCCUCUAAAAUGAGUGAGGUUUUUGAUGGCUACGAGCGUCAGUACUGUGAGCUAUCUGCCAAUCUCUCCAAUAAAUGUUCCUCCGCUUCUCUUCUCUCAGAUCAAGAGCAGAAACAGCAGAAGCUGACUGAAAUUAAGACAGGUCUGGAUGAGGCUGAUAUAUUGAUACGGAAAAUGGAUCUUGAAGUGAGAAGCUUACAACCUAACAUGAAAGCCAUGCUUCUUGCGAAGCUGAGGGAGUAUAAAUCUGACUUGAAUAAUUUGAAAAGAGAAGCAAAGAGAAUCAGUUCACCCAAUCAUGAUCAGUCUGCCCGUGAAGAGUUACUAGAAGCUGGAAUGGCAGAUACAUACAAGACAUCUUCAGACCAGAGAGAAAGAUUGGCAUUUUCAACUGAAAGAUUAAAUCAAUCAAGUGACAGAAUUAGGGAGAGUAGGAGAACCAUAAUGGAGACCGAAGAGUUGGGCGUUUCAAUUCUUCAAGAUUUGAAUAAUCAGCGUGAAACCCUCCUACAUUCACACACAAAGCUUCACGAGGUAGACAAUGCCAUUGACAAAAGUAAGAAGAUCCUGACUGCUAUGUCACGAAGAAUAAGCAAAAACAAAUGGAUUUUUGGUGGAGUAAUUGGUGCUCUCCUCAUUGCGAUCAUUUUCAUUAUUUAUUUUAAGCUUACUCAUUAGUGAUCCUCCUUUGGCACUAUAGUUGAUGACUCUUAUCUCUGCUUGCUUAUGAUUUCGCAAAUCAAGAAUCAGAAAUGAACUGAGACUCAUUUGUAAUGCCAUUGCUUUGUAUAUCUAGCACAGUUAUUGAUGUAUGUAAACCAACAACUUUACGGUUCAUUGUAUAGUAGAUACAUCUAACGGUGUGUUGCUCGUAUUGGGAAUCAA